GACAUGUUUUUGCUUUAUUACUCGAUAACAUACCUUAUGUUUCUGCCAGAAUUUCAUAUCAAUGAAAAUUAUUAAUUCCUAGCAGCAUAAACCCUUGUCUAUCUACCUGUCUAGCAAUUCUUUGAUCGACCUUUCCAGCUGCGCCUUUCUAUUUUUUAUUCCCAAGUUUUGCUGCAAUUAUCGCUGCAAUUAUCAGUCUUGUAGCAUCAAUGGCCGCUGCAAAUUGUUCCUCUGGAGAGACUUGUGCUGCUCUGAUCCAUGGAAAACAAAUGGCACCUUCUCGGCUAGAAGCUUGGGCUCGUCUUUUUGUUACUAAAUUUCUUGGACGUCAUAUCUCCACUCACCGUUUAAUCUUGGAGGAGGAAGGGGGUGCAACUUUCACCUUCGAGGGAACUAGUAAAAAAUGUUCUCUAGAAGUUGUUCUCAAAGUUCACAAUCCUCAGUUUUACUGGAAGGUAACGACGCGGGCUGACAUAGGCCUUGCAGAUGCUUAUAUUGAUGGAGAUUUUUCUUUUGCUGACAAAGACCAAGGUCUUCUACAUCUUAUCAUGGUUCUGAUUGCGAACAGAGAUGCAAACAGAUCUAUCUCCCAGGCGAAGAGGAAAAGGGGUUGGUGGACACCAUCGUUAUUUACAGCAGGUAUUGCUUCCGCAAAGUUUUUCCUUCAGCAUGUUCUGAGGCAAAAUACUCUUACACAAGCUCGCAGGAACAUCUCUCGUCAUUAUGACCUGAGUAACGAGGUUUUUUCUCUAUUCCUGGGAGAAACAAUGGCAUACUCGUCUGCAAUAUUUAAGACUGAAGGUGAAGACUUGAAUACAGCUCAGUUGAGGAAAAUCUCUGUUCUGAUUGAAAAAGCAAGAAUCGAUAAGAAGCAUGAAAUUCUUGACAUUGGUUGUGGCUGGGGAACUUUUGCUAUUGAAGUUGUCAAACAAACAGGAUGCAAAUACACGGGUCUCUCUCUAUCUGUGGAGCAACUGAAAUAUGCAGAAAUGAAAGUCAAGGAAGCUGGUCUGCAGGAUAAUAUCAGACUUCUCCUCUGUGAUUAUCGUGAAUUGCCUAAAGGCUAUAAAUACGAUAGAAUCGUAUCUUGUGAAAUGAUAGAGCAUGUGGGUCAUGAAUACAUGGAGGAUUUUUUUAGUAGCUGCGAAUCAGCAUUGGCAGAAGAUGGGCUUCUUGUUCUACAGUUCAUAUCAAUAGCAGAUGAGCGUUAUGAUGAGUACAGGCGAAGUUCUGAUUUUAUCAAGGAAUAUAUUUUUCCCGGUGGAUGUUUGCCUUCAUUAAGUAGGAUAACAUCAGCCAUGGGUGUUGCAUCAAGACUCUGCGUGGAGCAUGUGGAAAAUAUAGGAAGUCAUUACUAUCAUACGUUAAGAAGGUGGAGGAAAAAUUUCUUGGAAAACAAGAGCAAAAUUCUUGCCAUGGGAUUCGAUGAAAAGUUCAUCAGGACAUGGGAGUAUUAUUUUGACUACAGCUCUGCUGGUUUCAAGUCGUACACCCUUGGGGAUUACCAGGUUGUAUUUUCACGUCCUGGCAAUGUUGAGGCAUUAGGCAAUCCAUACAAAGGUUUUCCAUCGGCAUAUCAACACCUUCUAUAGAAGAGAGACCGUUCUAUGAUAUAAGCCGCCUCAAAUUGUAGCUACUUACUUAUUUCUUUAAUUUCCAAGUUUGCUGUGUUGCAAUAAAACUUUCUUGAAUUGGCUGUUAGCCAAAGAAACUGAAAUUGUGAAAUGGUUUGGAAAAUUAAUUUUUUAAGACAGACA